AAUUUUAAAAAAUAAAUAAAUAAUAUAAAAUUAGAAUAAUAUUAUUAAUUACUAUUGUAGUCCGUUAAAUAAAACAACAGACCGAGAAAAGUUGAUCUGAGAAGUAAUAUGAGCGAAAAACGGUCAAAAUGAAAAUUAAAAGCCAGCAAACCCUUGUUUUUCAUAGCCAAUAAUAAUAAUAAUAAUAAAUAAAUAAAUUAUAACUGUUUGAAUUAUAACAAAAAACCGUUUUGAAAUGAAAAAGAAAAAAAUCAAAUUUGGAAAAAACCCAAAAGAAAACAUAAUUUCACCUGUCGUCAAACAAUCUGAAGAACAGACCAAUCAUGCGCCAUGUCCGGCAGAAAUUCAUACUAAUUGUAACGUGGCAAGCUGUGAAUGGUAGGAAUCACGUGUCUGUUGGUUGAAAUCGAAAAGAACAAAGAAAAAGUAGGCAUAGAAAUAGGAGGGAAUGGGCAAACAGAAUUUUAAAAAAAGUGGUUGAGAUUUUUAUUUUUGUUUCUUACAAGAAAAAGGGGUUAAUAAAAGGGAAAGGGGAGUAAUGAUUAGAGGACUUUGGGAAGUUAUUUUCCUGUGACGGAUGCUUUGGUUCUCUCGCGCUUUCGUUGCUUUUCGUCUUCUUCCCUGAAUGCCUUAAUCAGCGUUCAGGAAACUUUUGGCGAUUUAUGUGCGGAAGGGCGAGGGGAUUAGUAGGUGAGGGUGGAUUCUGAAGAAAUAAUUUAUGUGGAACUAUACUUUGUUGGUUGUAUUAAGAAGUUAAAAAGAAAUGUAUCUAGCGCUCGAUUUUCGCCGCCUGAAUGCCAGUAUUAGAAAUGUGAUAGAUAAUCUCCUGUGGAAGACCAAGCCUUAAGGAUUCCUCUGAGAAAAACUGCCUUUGGCAUGCACUAUUGCCAUUCUCUUAUGCAUGAGAUUCUUCAAAAUGGCAGUAGCCAUCGAUCAAAAUCAUGGAUUCAGGCCAUUUAAUCGAUCUCAGAGAUGCAGACUCCAAUCUUUUACUCACUUUGACUACAAUAUUCAUGAACCUAGCCAAACUAAUCUUAACCACUCCUUAAAACAAGUGUUUGAAGUAGCUAAUAUUCACCGAAGUUUCUCCACUCCAUGUAUUUCCUUAUCCACUGGAUUUGAAGAAGAGUUUGAUCUAAAUGCAAGGGUUGAAAUUGUUGGUGGCCAUGGAGCACCUAGGGUGCGUGCUCUUGUUGUUGAGGUUGCCAUUGCUAUGGCCUCCGGUGUUGAUCCCAUGCCAGUGUCAAGUGGACUAGGUGGUGCUUACUUCUUGCGCAGUAGGAAUGGUGAUAAUAUUGCUGUUGCAAAGCCAAUUGAUGAAGAGCCUUUAGCCUUUAAUAACCCAAAAGGUUUCGGUGGAUUGAUGAUAGGCCAACCUGGUAUGCAACAUUCAGUUCGAGUAGGCGGAACUGGAAUUCGUGAAUUAGCUGCUUAUCUACUUGAUCAUGGGGGUUUUGCUGGAGUUCCUCCAACAGCCUUAGUCAAAAUUGCACAUGUUGGAUUUCAUGCUAAUGAUGAUGCAGCUGAUAUUUCACCUCCGUCCCACAAGAUUGCCUCACUCCAGCGAUUUGUAGAUCAUGAUUUUGAUGCAGGGGAGUUAGGCCCCUCCGGGUUCUCAGUUGCUUCUGUACACCGGAUAGGAAUAUUUGACAUAAGACUUCUAAAUCUUGAUAGGCAUGCUGGAAACAUACUCGUCAAGAAGAAUGGUCAGCAUGAAAAUUACGCUGUUGGGACAGCUGAGCUUGUUCCUAUAGACCAUGGGCUUUGCCUACCUGAGGGGCUUGAUAAUCCUUAUUUUGAGUGGCUGCAUUGGCCCCAAGCCUCAGUUCCCUUUUCAGAGACUGAAUCUGAGUACAUAUCCAAUCUUGAUCCUUUUGAAGACGCAGAGUUCUUAAGAAAUGAGCUACCUUCUUUAAGGGAAUCAUCUAUUCGCGUUCUUGUCCUUUGCACUAUUUUCUUGAAACAAGCUGCUACUGCUGGAUUCUGCCUUGCUGAUAUAGGUGAAAUGAUGACUAGGGAGCCUUGUGGUGGGGAGGAAAAUUUGAGUGUGCUAGAGAAUCUUUGUGCAAAAGCAAAGGCAAGUGCGGUUAGCACAUCCAAUGAUGAAGCUGAUGAUGAUCAUGAUGGUAAUAUGAAUAAUGAGCAGAUUAGAGAUGAAAACGAAGAGGUUACUAUAUUUCAGUUUGAUGAUGAAAGUGAAAAUGCUUCUAAUGGGGUUUCGGAUGUCCCUCAAAUCUUACCAAGUCCAUCUAAUAUGGAUAAUCAAUCCAAAAUUCCUAAUUUCUCAUCUUCAAGAUCAAUGCCUAGGCUGCAUAAUUUGGCAUUAUCUCCACCAUAUGAGGAAUAUGACUAUGACAAUAAUGAUGCUCGACAUGAGGAAAAGCUCAUCAAAGAAAACCGUCGCAACGAUGAUGAGAAUGGGAGCAAAGCAUUAGGGGGUCUAACAAGAAGCAUCAGUUAUUCAGUAGAGAACUGUAACUGUGAAACUGAGAGUAUAUCUCUUGGAGAUAUGAGUAAAGGUGAAUGGGAAUUGUUCUUGAAGUGCUUUGAGAAGCUUUUGCCUGAAGCUUUUGAAGGCACCAAGUGCAUGGCCCCAAAGCUAAGGUUGGGAACCUCUUGCCAGUUUUAAGGAAAGAAUUAAAAACAGCAAGAAAACAGCAGAAUUAUUGCAAAAGAUGAGACAAGUUGCUUGUAUCUAGUUUGGAGUAGCUUGUAUAUUGCCAGAAUGGAUUUAAUUUAUUUAGCAUGCACUGUAAAUAAAAAAACAUAGGAGGGAAAAGGGAUUGGCAGGUUGCCAUCCUUUCCAUUGCUUUUUUUUUAUAUAUUUUUUUAUAUAUUUUUUCCUAGUUUUUGCUUCCCUUUUUAUCCCCUUUUUCCGUUGUAUUAUAUAGAAUUAAGCAGUUUACAUGCACAUGAUUUUGUGUGAAAUAUUUUAUCCAAAUUGUAAAUUUUUAUUGAUCA